CUACGACGUGAUAGUGAUAGGCGGCGGCCCGGGUGGGUACGUGUGCAGCAUCAGGUGCGCGCAGAACAAGCUGAAUGUACUGAACGUGAACGAAGACAUGAAGCUGGGAGGCACAUGCCUGAACAGAGGCUGUAUACCCUCCAAGUCCCUACUGCACAUUGCACACAAUUAUUACGAAGCAAAAAAUAAGUUCAAGCAAAGAGGUAUCAUCGUAGAUAAUGUACAGCUGGACGUGGAGACUAUACACAAGCACAAAAACAAGUGUAUGGGAAAUCUAGCGGACGGAAUAACAUACCUGUAUAAGAAGAACAAAGUUAACCACAUGAUAGGACAUGGAAGCAUCGUAGAUGGAAACACCGUCUUGGUAAACUGUGAAGGGAAGGAGAAGCUGGUGACAGCAGAACGGAUUGUUAUCGCUACAGGGUCAAAACCGAUAGAAAUUCCACUCAAAAGGCUCAAUGAUAAUAAUGCCAAGGAAGCAGAGACUGUUCAGGAUCUCCUACUUUAUGAUCACCAAGUGAUACAAACAUCAGAUGAUAUUUUGAGCUUUAAAAAAAUCCCAAAGAAAAUUUCCAUCAUUGGUGGUGGUGUCAUAGGGUUAGAAAUAGGUUCUGUUUUUGCUAAAAUGGGUUCAGAUGUUCUCAUAUUUGAGUAUAAUAACAGGUUAUGCACUUUUUUAGAUGCAGAUGUAAGCAAAGUACUCCAAAAAACGUUGGAAAAAAUAAAAAUAAAGUUUGCCUUUAAUACAUCAGUAAUAGGAGGUAACAUCGAAAAUGAGGAAGCUACUUUAUUUGCUCAAAACACAAAGACAAAGGAAAUACAAAAAGUAAAAUCUGAUGUGGUUCUCGUCUGUGUUGGUAGGAGACCCAACUUUGAUAAUCUUAACUUGGAUAAAGUAGGUAUCCAAUUGGGAAAAAACAAAAGGAUUCAAGUAGAUGAGUCUUUCGGUGUUACAUCUCAUCCUAGUAUAAAAGCCAUCGGGGAUGCUAUCGACGGACCUAUGCUUGCACACAAGGCAGAGGAAGAAGGAUACAUAUUAGCAAACAUCCUAUUCAGCGAAUUGAAGUUAAACAAACCAAAAAAAUCGCACAUUAAUUAUGACCUUGUACCAAGUGUUAUAUAUACCCACCCAGAGGUAGCUAGUGUAGGUCUAAAUGAAGAAAGGUGCAAAGAAAAGAACCUCUCAUUCAAAGCAGUUACCUUUCCAUUUGCUGCCAACAGUAGGUCUAGAACCAUAGAUGAUUUUGAUGGAUUGAUUAAGCUCCUUGUUGAAAAUGAAUCCAACAAAAUUUUGGGUUCUCAAAUUGUUGGAAAUAAUGCUAGCGAUUUGAUUCUUCCUUUGUCCAUUUAUGUUGGAAGUGGAGGAUCCUCCAAAAGUCUGAGUAAGGUUAUUUAUGCCCACCCCACCUUCUCCGAGGUCAUCAAGGAGGUCGCGCUGCAGUCCUUCGACAAGGCCAUCCACAUGUGA